GGUUUAAAAUAUAAAAUCAGUGUCCCGGCGAAUGCCGUGUGCGACGGUUGUGUGUAGUGUUGUUACAGCGCAUCUAAUAAAUAAUUACGAUGUUUGGUGUGUCGUUGUGAAAAGUGCAUAUAAAUCAGUGUUUACAUUUAAGAUGAACACUGCGCAUUGUUUGCGCGUUACCAUCAUCACACUAAUCCUGAAAUCUAUUAAUUGUGAAACAAGCAGAGAAGAGUCGGUACCCUGCGGCGGGCGCCUGAAGGGCCCCGUGGGGACGAUCCAGACGCCAAACUUCCCGAACCCGUUCCCGGUGCCGCUCAAGUGCAAGUGGAUCAUCGAGCACGAAAUCGCGAACGGCACUAUAUCGAUAUACUUCACACAGCAGUACACCACUAGCGGGCUGACGUUCACCGAGUACAUGUACUACGACGACACCUACAAGCUGGGCGAGCGGCGAGCGCUCACCGUCACCGAGGAGAACAUCACAAGGAUCAAAUAUUUACAGGUGCAAAGUCCAGUGCUGGUGGUGGAGCUGUCACUAUCCCGUGCGGAGGGCUCGCAGCUGCGUGCGCUGGGGCUGCUGUCGGUGUUCGGGCUAAACGUGACGUACGCGGUGCGCGCGCCCGCCGCGCCCGCGCCCACCACCUCCUGCAGCGCCAUCGAGUGCCGCCUGCUCGGACACUGCUAUGCCUCACAUGAUUAUAGCGAGUUUUUCUGUUCCUGUUUCGACGGUUACUCUGGUCCAGACUGCGGGGUGGGGCCGCUGUGUCCAAGCACUUCAAAUAUGUGCAAGAACAAGGGAACAUGUAGACAAAUGGGACCAGCAGCAGUCAGCUGUAUCUGCGCUCCGGGGUACACGGGCGACCUCUGUGAAUCGGAAAUUGCAACACCAGAAUGCGGCAUAGAGGAGUGCUUAGAAGGUUGUAAGGGGAGAAACAAUUGUGAUUGCAGUCCUAAAGAUAGCGACAGCUUGGCGGCGCGCUUUGAAACGAGCCUGCAAAUUAAAGACAUGGCCAACGGUAAAAUUUCCGAAGAAAUUAUCGAAAAGGUCACUAAGUACUUACGAGGGUCCAAUAUAACGUUACAAGACGAUAUUGAAAUAUUAUAUAUAAGUUCACCAGACCCUAAUGGGGUUCGAACAGUCUGGCUCCGAGUGUGGGGCCUACGCAAAGAGGCGGGGGCGGUUCGAUCAGCGCUAUCCAGACUAGUGUCCAACACUAAUUCAAACACCCUGCCUCUCUUGCCUGCAGCGUUGGAAUUGGAAAUGCAACCGGCACUUAGCUUACAUAAACUUAUUAUAAAUCAACAUCCUGAAGUGUGGGAAGGCGGGGAGUUUAUUCUCAGCUGCAUGGCUUACGGAUCACCAAAUAUCGCUUUUACUUGGUACAAGGAUGGCGUGAAAAUCAACUUCAAUGGGACCAGUAGAGAUAUCUGGACGCGUACAGUAGCAGAAGACGCGUUGGGCCGUCGCAUGUCUGUCCUAGGCAUAUCUGAAGCGAAGAAACUUGAUGGUGGCAAAUGGGCCUGUGCCGCUGUUGACGCGGGGCGGCGGAGAUGCAGCGCGUUGCGGCUUAGUGUGUUCAGACCGCCUAAUAUACGACUGGUGCCUUCUACGCUUACUGUAAAUAAGGGAGAUAAUGUCAGUAUAACUUGUCUUGCCGGAGCAGGACGGGUACACGGAACGUUAGGGUUCAGUUGGGCAAGAGAAAGGAACCUUUUGGCCCUCGCACCGGGCAGGGAAGUAUGGGAAGAUCUGUACCCUGCUGGUAGUGUGCUCAAGCUUUAUAAUGUUCAGAAAUCAGCAGAAUACAGUUGCCAAGUAUCAUCAGUAGCUGGAACAAACUCUAAAGCAGUAACAGUAUGGGCAGUAGGUUCGAUGGAUGAUGUGUGCGAGAGUGAAGCAUCUCAUGGCUUGCGUUGGCCACAAACCGCACCGGGGGCUUAUGCUAUAGCGUCUUGCCCAAGUGGAUCUAGUGGAGAAACUACCAGGUUUUGCGAGCCGAAAACUACAACAAUUCGAGCUAAAUGGAACCAACCAAAUUUUUCUGGAUGCAUCGAUGACUCCUUGCAAGAUAUUUAUGAACAGUUCACCCUAAUAUCCUACGGCUAUUCCUGGGUACCAGUGAACGAUAUAGCCCGCCAAUACGGCUCAGUACUCCGCUCUCUCCCGGGACACCCCGGUACAGCCACAGUGCCCUUACAACAUGCAUCUAGUAUGCUAGAAUAUCUGCGCUCUAUGGUCGCUAAUGCAACGGAUAGAGUACUGAGCGCUGAACCUUUGUUGAGGAUAUAUGAUAGCUUGCUGAAACAUCGAGAUGCGUUUUUGGAUGAACAGAAAAUAUACCAACUCCAAAACUUAAUCGUGAAAACAGCAAUCAUGAAAAGUGACCUAGACUUCCGUUGCCAAGAAUUUGUGGUUCAAACAAAAUCACUCCAAGAAGAUAAAGGACACUUUAGCUUUCCACUGAAUCAAAAUUCAGAAGAAUGGUUGUUGACUUCUGUGGACGUAGAAGUUGCAGAAGGUUCCGAGAAUGUUAUAGCUGUUGUAAAUUAUAAUGAUUUAUCUGCACGUUUACCGUCUUUAAGGAGAACUAUGGAACUCAAAGGAAGUCGAGAAAUAGAAUAUCAUAUGGCUUCUACGCAGUCCCAAGUUUGGUCCGACGGCAAUCAAGAUGAUUCUAAAUACACAAUAACCUUGCUUUUUAUUCAUGCAAAGAAUUAUAGUGCAAUAGAGUCAAGAUUAGCCUGUGCACUCCGUACGGCAUCUGACCCUUCCACGUGGUCGCGUAGUGCGUGCGAGGUGCGUGUACCCGAACCGACCCACGUGUCCUGUCGGUGUAGAGGGCUGGGGACAUACGCACUGUUCACUAUUGCACCCACCACGCUCACAGAUGCGGAAAGGGACCUACGGGAGAUAGUCAAAGUGACAAUCGGUAUAGCGGCUGCAUUAUGCCUACUUGCGGCGGUAAUACUGCUCCUCACACUGGGAGGGCAAAGCCCCCGUUUGCCCGUACUACUACGAGUGGUAACUGCUACCGCCCAUGCUACUGCGCUGCUAGCUUUGUUGGACUGCGAUACUAGGCAGGAGGAAGCAUGUCCCGGCGCAGCGGGGUGGGCGUGUGCGGCGAGCUGGUGCGCGGGCAGCGCGGCGCUGUGCGCGCAGCCGCUGCUGCUGCAGGCCGAGCUGGCCGGCCGCUCGCAGCGGGCUAGCUCCGUGGGGAUACUCGCAGGGUUCAGCGUGCUGUGCUGGCUGUCGGCGCGGCUGUGGGGCGGCGCGGCGCUGCAGCUGGGCGCGGGCGCGCUGGCGGCGCUGGCGGCGGGGUGCGGCCUGCUCGCGCUGCUCGCCCUCGCGCUCGCGCUCUGCGCCGCCCGGCGCCUGCGCCUGCUCGCCCGGAAGGUGCCCGCUGACAGGCGGCCUUACUUGACCGACCGGAUGCGCAUAGUGCGACACACACUAAUCCUGCUGGUGACGUGUAGCGCGGUGCAAGUGGCGGGGGUCGCGCACGCACAGCGCGGGGAGCCGCGCCUGCCGCGUGCGGCCGCGCUCGCUGUGGCCGCGCUUCUUAAUGGGAUCUCCAUACUUACAUGCUACGUGUUAUGUGAAACAGAGAGCGCCCGCUGUUUACGUCGCAUGUGUCACACGUGUCGCGUGUGUAUCCCGCGACCGCCCCAGCGUGAUACCACACUUAGCUUGUUCAUAAAGCAAAACGGCGAGGCAGAGAGUCGAGGAGGGAUGGGAUUCCUGGAGACGUCGUCAUCACAAGCCACUCCCAUGUCUACGUACUGGCGAUUCGAGAGCCCUUCUAAAAUAAAUAGGAAGCUAUCAUCUCCUCUCCAAGAAGACGGUCGAGCUGACAUCAUCAGAUGCGUAGAAUACAAGACACCUUCCCACGGCCGCUCCAUCACAACACAAGCCUGCGAUCUCAUCCCAGACUACAUUGGAUCAAGCUACAUUGAGCUCGGAAAACCAAAAAAUACAAGAGAAAUAACCUCCCCCCUCCUCCCCCAAGAAAUAAGCAAAGAAUGCUCCCUUUGCAUACAAUCCAACCCAGAUAUAUCAAAACUUCCCCUACCAAUCAAAAGUUGCUUGAAGAAAACCAAAAAUUUCGCCUCGACCGUCUCUCUACCUUCAGAAGAUGCACCAAAUACAGAUAUAAUGUUAGUGAAUAAGAAAUGGAAUAAAGCAUAUCCGCCUGACACGGACCAAAUGAUGAACAAAAUUACCAAUGAUUUGGAUUUUUUAUUAAAUAGAAAUAAGAGGAAAGACGCCCAAAUAGAAGAGGCGCCUACUUAGUUGUUAUUAGUUAGAGAAUUAUAGAGCAAAUGUUCAUGUACAUUAAUUGUAAAAUAAAUUCAAAGUAUUAAUAUUUUAAGCCCUUAUUUAAGAAGUAUUUGCAUCUCAAAUAUUUACUUAUUCUCGCUCAAUUUUUCUUCUAUCUUAGCACUUUUGUCUUACUUUAUUCAUCAUAAUAAACGUCAUAUUUUACGUUACCAUUACUUGUGAUAAACUUAAUUUGUGUUUUAUUUUUUAACCUAGAACUUAUUGAAUUUCAUUUUAUUUUAUUUAUUAUGUAAUGGAUCUUAUUCUUGUGUACAGAUAAUAUUAAGAUAAAAUACUCAUUAUUUGUAGAAUGAUAUAGUUUUCAUACAAUUUUUAAACAUUUUUUUUAUUGAAAAUAAAUAUAAAAAUUAUA